AGAACUGACUGAAACGUUUGAGAUGAAGAAAGUUCUUCUGAUCACAGCCAUCCUGGCAGUGGCUGUUGGUUUCCCAGUCUCUCAAGACCAGGAACGAGAAAAAAGAAGUGUCAGUGACAGCGAUGAAUUUUUUUCAGGGUUUCUUGCGUUCCCUUACCCAUAUCCAUUUCGCCCAUUUCCACCAAUUCCAUAUCCAAGAUUUCCAAGGUUUGGACGUAAUUUUCCUGUUCCAAUACCUGAAUCUGUCCCUACAACUCCCCUUCCAAUGAAAAGUAAACAAGAAUGAGAAGUCACAAUAAA